UGCAAAAUGAAUAGAUGAGCUUUUCUGCGGAACUUAUAGUUCCGUGCUGUGCAUAUAGUGUGUUCCAUCCACAGACAGGUUGUCACAUCGUAUAUCUACCACGCGUCAAAGGCGCCCCUUCAUAUUUCCAAGGAAGGUACGGCGAUAUUUCGUCGAAGGGUAGACGUGGUUAAUGCCAGCCAAACGUGUUAGUUAAGGCGAAUGUUUGUAGGGCGUUUCUGUGUCUAGCGAGAAAAUGGAAGAAUGACCACGACGGGAGGCAACAGGACAGAUACGUUAUGACUCUCGAAUACGUUCCUUUAAUGCGGGCUAUUUAGAAGCAGCGAAUCCAAGACACAUGGAAGAGACGCUGUCAUCUCAACAGAAGCAAGGUUCGAUCGUGAGGUGCAAUAAGGCGCCGAAGAAACCGCUCAGGGAUUGCCGAUCUGAGACGCUGGAAACAGGUGGCUCUCUGUCGGUGCAUCUGGGGGAGAAAAGAAGAAAGGAUAUCUACCCUCGCCACCCCUCGCAACUUCCUGAAAGUUUCACCUCGUGUGCCCCUCGUCGUCCAGGUGUGCACCGGACGUCGUUUAUUGGUCUUGUAUAGACGGCCUCCGAUACGGUUCGUCGUCUGGUCGAGCAACAACGCCGUUGCUGUCUUGGAGCACCGUUUUCUUGCACGCCUUUCGAGCUCCUGAUAAAUCUUCUUGGAAAGUGCGCCUUUGGGCAUGCAUUUGUGCUGGACUGGCGCUGUGUGUUCUUUCAGCAAUAGUUGACUGGACUGAUUCUGGCGACUGCCUGGACAACAAGCGUCGAUGGGAGUGAGCACCUUCGUUUGCCGUCUGUUGUAAAGCAGUAACAACAGCCUUGUGUCUGUGCUGGACCAGUUCUAGAGAGUUCCACGAUGACAACAGGUAGUCCAGACUCUACGGAGACUGAAACUGGAUCUGACACCGGAUUCGACACAGCUUCGGAUCCUACUUCAGUGAGCGGCAGUAGAUCACCUGUUCACGAUGCUGUGUUAUCAAGUGACGCUGACUUGCAGGGCCAUAACUUGCCUCAUAGUGGUCAUGUCCUAGACCUACGACACAGGAGCCUCGACAGUUCGGUAGUUUGUGGAGCCUUUUCCGAGACCCUGGAGAAACUUAAUGUGUCCGACUGUCAAAUGCAUGACGUACCAGAAGGAGUAUGGGACACCACGAAUAUUCAGGUGCUUAACAUUGCUGCCAACUUUAUCGAAAGCUUACCAGGCACUAUUGGACAACUACAGUGGCUGAGAGAGCUGUACGUAGACUUCAAUCAACUACGUGAACUGCCCUCAGAGGUCGGCUCCCUCUGCAACUUGACUAUACUGACGGCGAGUGGGAACCGUUUCGAUGCAGUGCCAGACGCCUUGUCGUGGCUCUGCGUUCUGCAAUCUCUGCGGCUUGCCAGUAACAUCAUCAGCCGGCUGCCACCUCCUUCCUUCUGGCAGUCACUCACCAGCCUCACCACACUGGAUCUUCGGCGAAAUAGCAUCGUCGGAACCGCCGACUUUUCCACUUUGCAGUCACUUCGUUCACUGGACGUCAGCUGGAACCAGAUAGAGCACCUUGUGCUUCCAGACGGAAACCUCCAUCAGCUAGACUGCUCAUAUAAUGCCCUGCAGGAAUUGUGCCUCCCUGGACAUCGUCUUCAAACACUUUCUUCUAGUCAUAACAGCUUACACUCAGUCACUCAUGUGCCACAGCAAAGCAUCCUCGAAUAUGUCGAUCUCUCAAGCAAUAACCUGGAGAUCGUUCCGGACUGGGUACCUGAACUGACUCAUCUUUGCCAUCUAGACCUUAGCUACAAUUUCCUCACAUCUGUUCCAGCGAGGCUCUUCGGUCCUGCCUUGAAGCGUCUGGACACAUUGCGGUUGAAUCACAACCAGAUUUCCUCGCUACCCGAGCGAACACCUGAAUGCUUCGUGCGACACCUCGACUUGCAGCACAACGCCCUCGAACGAGGUAUUCCCGCGGAUAUAAUCUUCCAUUCCCCAAGGCUUGAGUGGCUGAACGUUUCCCAUAACGAGCUGAUGAGCUUACCGCUACCACCAUCAGAAGCAACGUCACUUCCACUUCAGUGGCUUUUACUAAGCACAACUGGAAUUACAGACAGUAUGUUGUGGCCGUUGGUGCUUGCCUCCCCCAAGCUCAAGGUUCUGCAGGCAGCCCAUAACAAGCUUGAGAUCAUACCUACAAGCAUUUCUAAGCUGGUCCAUUUGAGAGACAUCAUGCUUUCGGGCAACAGCAUCCGCACUCUGCCCACUGGAAUAUCAUCUCUGCCUGUGCUAGAAGUUCUUUUGCUAAGUGGAAAUCAUAUCGAUGAACUGCCAAACUUUGCCGAAUGUGCUGCUUUAAGGGUAUUAGACGUCUCAUGCAACGUACUGAGCGAAGUGGCCUUACCAUCAGUGGUGUCCCCGAACCUGCAGCAGCUGGACAUAUCCUGCAAUCAGGCCCUAUUUGUUGACACCCAAGAGUUUCACCACCUCUGUUCCAAGAAGAACGUAUCUGUCGUCGAUACCAAAUUCUGUGGAAGACUGGCCCCGCCAUUCAAGCCCAACAGCAAUGGACAUAGCGGCAUGGACAACCUCUUCUGGGAGACAGGGUUCUCGGAGAGCCCCAAGGGACACGCAAGGCUGUACAUCAACCAGUAUACGCAACCUUGCGGUCAGCUGGAAGUGCUGGCUGCCAUCGUAGAGAGCCCGCAGCGCCAACUGCUCACAUUAGCCAAGACUGCCAUUGCUGAACUUGUGCGCGAAGAACGACGAUGCUCCGAGACAUCGAGCACAUUUUUGCAGAAUAUCAUCCUUGCUACAUACAGAGCCCUUGGAGGCAGGGUUUGCUGUCACCAACUGAACAUUGCACUGUGUCACGUGUUACCUGCUGUCGGCGACCCCUGUGUCCAGUACGAUGCAGCUAGUGGCAUGUACGAGGUAACUGUCGCUCACAUGGGGCCAGCCACGUGCCUGCUGGCUCGCGGUGAUUCAGCUCUAAGUCUCGCCGACUCGUCUCCUGUGGGCAGCAGCAAGUGUAUAGCCGAAGACUGGUACUCUGCAGUGCAGGCUGGCUUUGGGACAACUGAGCUCCGUCGAGCACCCCGUCCAUGCUCCCUCCCGAAUCCCAGCGUCCGUCGUAUACAACUUUGUCAUGAAGACCGACUCCUAGUACUUUCAUCAGCCACCUUGAGCGAUGCUCUGAGCCCGGAAGCUGUGCUCCAGCAGGCAUUUGCCGCCGGCCAACCCAUGGCAGCGGCUAAACGCUUAGGAGAUAGCGUCACCACCCUCACUAGCGACGCUGGCACGUGUGUCAUCGUUCUUGCACUACAAAGAACUCCUGGAGCGCCUUCCACAUUGCAGGGCAGAAGUGUACAUUUCCGCAUAACAACAGAUAUCGACGACCCCGACGAAGCCGAAGCUUACAAGGCAUGGGAAUACAUGUUAGCUCAGAACCACAAGCUUCUUUUCACCAGAGAACUGGAAACUCUGCAACGCAGCUUCGUCAAGAGCAGGACCGCCAUCGGAGGGCCUACUAUCCCCGCUUCUGAAGACCCAGACCCAGCCCCAGUACUCAGCGGGCGCCUCAAAAAGCGUUACUGCUACGGGCUACCGGCAACGACAACGACAACUUUUGUCCAACCUACGAACAUCAUUUAGAAAUUGAGUUUUCUUAAAGGAAAAUCUGUGUGUCCACCCAUUCAGGCUGGGAAAGCAGAGGAAGGCGUGCAGCGCUGAAUGUGACAAGACUUCUUAGGAAUAUGGCAAUGUUCAGUUCAUCCCAAACUCCCCAGUUUCUGCAUGUAUGUUAUACAAGUUGUGAGUGGGCUCCAGUGUACACAAUAUUAGCUCUACUUGGUUGUUGUGACGCUCAACGCCUUAAUUUGGCAGGGUUCGUCCACUCUUCCAAGUUGCACGUCUAGACUGUCGCGUUCUGACCUAAUAGCGAACUUCAGAAAAUCCCAGAGAGCUUAAUAACGCCGCUUUGAACUGUGGGAACUUGGUUAUCAGAAAGGAGGAGAAGGCAUCAUGCCAACUUGGCCGCCCCGGUGCGGCACGUUUUUUGACGCCGCCAAUGCUUAUAAGCACAUGCCUGCUCAAUGAGGCAAAAUCAGCCGGUCACGCUACCGUAUGGGGCGUCAGUUUCCUAAGGUCGGAAACAGACAAUCAGAGCAGUGAAAACUUUUGCCUACCCCAUUAGCGUACGCUGCCGUAUGCUCCGUCCAUACGCUGCUCUACCGCUCUUUGCGGAGACAAGCAUCCUGGGUGGGUGCACGCUGUGCAGGCAUCCGUCAUCGCUCGAUAAGCCAGUGGUUAUCGAAAGACGCCGCGUCAGUUAGCGUUGAUACGUCCUCUCUUGAGUGUCAUGUCACGUCUCCAACUGUCAGACGCUACGGUUAUAAUCUGCACUAUGUGUGAAGGGGGACGGCGCCAUGACCGAUGCUGCGGAUAUCGCAUCGAGAUAACUAUCAGCACCCUAGGGCCACCAGUGUGGACGACCGGCGCUGUAUGUUUAUAGAUCAUUGGGCUGCAUCCCAAGCAGCACAAUGUACUGAAAGUCGAGUGCAAUAGGGGUGGACGGGUACGUGGAAGACCUUGAACGAACUGUUGAAACUAAAGAACAUUGAUAAGACACAUACCGUCCACCCCUAUUGCACUCGACUUUCGGUACAUUGUGCUGCUUGGGAUGUAGCAUAUAGGAGGAUACCGAGUUAUCAAGCCACGUGCGGUGAGAUAGCUAUGCUAGCUAUUUCACCACACGUGGCUUGUAACUCGGAUGGUAUCUCGACGUGACUUCACAGCAGUGAGUGGAUCGACACAGCAGUGCCAAGAUGAAGGGCGCAAACAAUAACGUCACCACCGAAGACCCCUUUUUAUGGCUAUUCCAAUCGCAACGGCGAAGUACUGACUUGAACGUCGAAAAGUGGAAAAUCCAGGGACCCGGUGAAGGCAGAUGAAAGGAAAAGCCUGAGACCAGAAGCCAACGAUAUUUCGAACAGUCUCGGUUCGAAAUAUCGGGAGGGCCCUGAUCUUUCGCUUUCAUCUAGAUUCUGAAGUACUAUGCAAGGUUUGUCCCGUUGUGUCGCGUCCGUCCGUAAUACCACCUCCUAACCCCAGCACACUCUCCGAGACGACGUGAUAGAGCAGCUGGCGCCUCGCUUCCUACCACUCUCCCCCUACAAACCAGAAAAUACUCCCCUAUACCAGGUGACAGUCACGUCAUGCCGGUACCUUUCAACGUCAGACUCUUUCCUAUUGCCCACGGUGGAUCCCCGUAGCUAGACUCAUCUCAUCUCAAUACCCCUAGCAGUGCUUAUGAUGGUGAUGGUCGCAUCGUGCAGUAUGAUGCAAUUGCCAGCAAGUAUGAUGCAGCAGCCAACGUUUUUGCUGUGAAGACGAGCAGUUCGGAGUACAUACCACAGUAUCAGUAACGCAGGAAGGCCGUAAAUCAAGCACAAGAUGCUACUGCAAGUGAUGUACUGCAAUUUCCGGUGUGAUUGAAAAGUGCACAGUCACUUCGAGGCGACAAGAACGUAUUCUACGUAUAAGGAAUUUGCCGACCAUUGAUCGAAGCUGUGUUUUCUUUUUUGUUUGUUUGAAGAAUCACGAACUCGGACACACGAUAAUCCAUUGAAAGAGCUAUGGGCAUGUAUCAGCAGGCUACGAUAAUCACAAUCGAAACGAACGAGCGCGCUAGAAGUGAUCCGUUACGUAAUUAUGUUACCACGAAUAAAUUACCCAGAGGUACAUUCGAGAGUGUUGUUUUGUCCUAAUGAAAACCAUGAUUUG